AUGGCGCCCAGUCUUCUCUCUUACGUUCCAAUCGUCAAUCUCUUCGUCCCAGACGGCGAAAAGGCGCAAACCAUCAAUAUUCCCCCUGUCGAAGUUCACGAUGUCGAGACCGACCACGACCGGCGAGCGAGAUGCCUCAAGCACCUGCUGAGGGCCAACCACGUCAACCACUCCAUAAUCUACCACAACCUCCAGUUCGACAACCACACGGCACACGUUCUUUCGUCUGCGUAUCUGCUAGGUGCGAACGACCGCCAGCUCCAAAAUAUCUACGAAGCCGAAGCGAAGGAGCUGGAGCCAUGGAAGGAGUCUCCCGCCGAGGUCACCGACGAUGACUGGAGAGACCUCCUUGGCGACAAGACAUACCAGAGGGCAUAUGUCGAUUUCUUCGAAGACUCUUUGGCAAACAACUCCUACGAGUGGAAGAAGGUCGUCGACGAGUUCAUGUUUACUGGCGACGAGCCUUUGGUCCAUGGGCUUAUUGGUGGUCUUGGCCACCCCCUCAUCCACCUCGGAUACGCUUACGAGAUGAACUCCAAGGAGAUCGCGAUCGAGGCCCUGGCAUUGGCUGCCACGCAAUAUAAUUUCUUCCACCAAUACCUCGACGAAAAGAAAUACACGAAGCCGUCACCGUUCAGCUCAAAGUCGACGUUCGAGCUGAUUCACAAGGUCGCAGAUGACAAGCGACUCGAUGGGCUGUUCAAGGAACCAUCCUUGGGCAACCUCGACGUCUUGUUUGCAAAGCAUGAAGACGUUGUCCUGGAAUACUGGAAUGCCUGGACCAUCACAGAUCCGGUGAAGCAGUUCGAAGAGUCACAGGAGCUCGCGGUUGCGCUUCUCGUCGCAACCAUACCCCGUGGCACCCACGGAUACAACUUCUUCACAGUGCAUCUCCUCACAACGAGCCACGCCGUCCGAAUUCUCCUCCCGGUCAUUCCGGCCAAAUUUCACAUAAGCUUAGUAAGGGAGUGGUGGUUGCUCGUACUCGGUGUCUAUAUUUCCCUGUUGCGGCCAAAGAUCGACCCCGACAAUGUAGAGACGGAUUUAAAGCAACGUCACUGGGGGCAUGUUGAGCACGAAGCUCUGAACUCUCAAUGGGCCACCGACGCCCACUAUGUUAAAGCGAUUCGCGCCAUGAAAGAGGCUUCUAGGACCUGGGGUGACGUACACGAGCGGUACCUGGCGUCUGCUCUAACAUUUGUCGACAACUUCCGUGGGUGGACAUUUGGAGCUGCUGACCUGAAGUCUGGGGGUUACUAUUGA